AUGGAGAGAUAUUGGCCUCACCUCUUCAUGUUCUCAAAUUUAUUGCUAACUCUGCUUCCAUCAUCAUCAUCAUCAUCAUCAUCUCUUUCCAUAGCCUCCUCUGGCUCUUCCUCCCUCCUUCAACAACCACCACAACCAAAGUGCCGUGAGGACGAGCGGUCUGCCCUGUUGGAGUUCAAACAAAGCUUCAGGUAUCCGAUUGACUCCUAUUAUUCCUAUGGACUUGAAGUCAAACUAGAACCAUGGAAGCUUGAUUCGUGGAAGCCAGAUGGAGGACAUGGGAAUUGCUGUAUUUGGGACGGGGUUGAGUGUGAUGCCAAGAGUGGCCAUGUGAUAGGGCUCGACCUCUGCUGCACUGGUCUUCAUGCUUCCAUCAACUCCAGUAGCAGCCUCUUCCGUCUGGUACAUUUACGGACGCUUAACCUUGCAUACACAAACUUCGACCAGUCUCCAAUACCAUUUGCAAUAGGCAAUCUUACUGGGCUAACAUAUUUAAACCUUUCUGCGUGUGAGCUGUCCGGCCAAAUCCCAAAAUGGAUCUUAGGCCUGACCAACUUGUCUUCGCUUGAUCUGUCCCUCAAUUCCAAAUUAGAGCUUAUGAGACCCAGCUUGGGAGACUUACUCCGGAGUCUGACCAACUUGGAGGAACUCGAUCUCACGUGGGUCAAUAUAUCAUCUUCACUUAUUGAUUUUCCAACAAACUUAUCCUCUCUGAGCUCGCUUACACUCCGUGAUUGUGGAUUACAUGGGCAUGUCCCAGGAUCACUGUUUACUCUACCAAACCUGCAAGUUCUAAACUUGGAUGACAAUUCCCUCUCUGGUCAUAUGCCAGAAUUUCACUGGAGCAGUCGUCUGAAAUCACUAUUCCUUGUUGAAAAUGAUUUCUCGGGGGAGCUCCCAGCUUCAAUUGGAAACUUGACACAACUCAUUGAGCUCGACCUGUCAUUUAAUAGAUUGCAGGGCCCGAUCCCUAUAUUUGCAGAUGGAACUCAGCUUACAACACUAUUCUUACCGUUUAAUCAAUUAACUGGUUGUCUCCCAUCUUCUCUAGGUAACCUUUUUCAAAUCCAGAGUCUGCAAUUAAGUUACAAUCAUCUGACAGGCCAAAUUCCGCCCCAGCUUUCGAACCUCAGCCAUUUAGUCAGUCUUGACCUCUCUUUCAACAUGCUCUCUGGAUUGGUACAACUGGACACGCUUUUGGAAUUAAGCAAUCUAAUGGUCCUUGUUUUAGAUUUCAAUAAUUUGUCGGUGAUCACUAAGUCAAACAUCACUGCAAGUCGACAUUCCACUGGACUUGCUCAGCUGAAUCUGGCCUCGUGCAAUUUGCACAGCUUCCCAAGAGUCUUACUGAAACUUGAGAAGUUGUCGAUUCUUGACCUCUCAUCCAACAAAAUUCAUGGGGAAGUGCCAAUGUGGUUUCAAGAUGUUGCUCGAGAAAAUCUUAUGUACUUAAACCUUUCAUGCAAUUCUCUGACAGGCUUUUCGGGAAACCUUGCUGCCUUAAGAUGGAAAAAACUUAUACACCUCGACCUCAGGUUCAACAUGAUGCGGGGACCACUACCCCUCCCUCUAGAGUCCAUUGUCAUGUACCAUGCCUCGAACAAUAGACUCUCUGGAGUUAUACCUUCGCUUCUUUGUAGUAGAAGGUUCAUUCAAGUGCUCAAUCUGGCAAAGAAUAACUUCACGGGUGUAAUUCCAGAGUGCUUUGGCAAUCUAACAAAGACUCUCUCUAUCCUAAGUUUGCACAACAACAACUUACACAGUGGAAUUCCUCGGUUGCCUGAUAAGAAUUGUUCAUUGAGAAUGUUGGAUUUGAACAACAAUCAACUUGAGGGCCCACUCCCAAGAUCGCUGGCAAGCUGUGCUGCAUUGGAGUUUCUGAACUUUGGGGAUAAUGCGAUUGAAGAUACAUUUCCUUCUUGGUUGGGUGCAAUUACCACCUUGAUGGUACUCAUUUUGCGUUCUAAUAGAUUUCAUGGUGCGAUGGUGGAACCUACAGACAAUUGUGAGUUCCCUGCAUUACAGAUCAUUGACCUCUCACGGAAUAAUUUUAAAGGUCGACUCCCUGCCAAGUACUUUCAAUGUUGGAAAUCCAUGAGAGUUUCGAAUGUGGAGGAGGGAGAGUACAUUGGUGAAUAUAUGGACUCACCUACAGCACUCGGAUACGUGCCUGACACAUAUGAUUACUAUAUGACUAUCAUGAACAAGGGAAUGGAAAUGGAGUAUGCAAAAAUCCUGGAUUACUUCCAGGUGAUCGAUUUCUCGAGCAACAAUUUCAGCGGGGAGAUUCCAAUGUCUACUGCAAAUUUGACGGGACUUCGUUUGCUCAACUUCUCCAACAACAUUUUGAGUGGACCCAUCCCAUCAUUUCUAGGUAAUCUGAUGAACUUGGAAGCUCUCGAUCUUUCCAAGAACAGACUGUCUGGGGAGAUCCCCCAGCAGUUAACUCAGCUCACUUUUCUCGAGUUCUUCAAUGUGUCCGGCAACAACCUCUCGGGGCUAAUUCCUCAAGCACCAACUCCAUCUACCCCAAACCAAAAGGAGCGAGACAGGGAUGCAUCAACUAUAAUCGAGUGGAAAGCGGUCGUGAUGGGAUAUGUUGGUGGGUUUGUCAUCGCAGCAGUGAUUGGUCACAAGAUAAUCACUGAAAACCCUGAUACGCGCUCUGCCAGCAGUUUGUUUCAUGCAAGAUGGUCCAUUCCGAAGGAGUUGCAGGUUACAAUUUCAUCAGCAGCAUAG